AUUAUUUAAUUACCGUAAAAAUGGGUUUAUUCGGACAGACAAAAAGCAAAGAUCCCAAAGAACAGGUUCAAGAAUGGACCCAUAAAAUACGCAAAGAAAGCAAUCAAUUGGACCGGCAAAUACGCGGUAUACAACGCGAAGAGGAAAAAGUCAAGAGGUCAUUGAAGCAAGCGGCUGCCAAGGGUGAUCGGGAUACUUGUGUCAUUCUGGCCAAGGAAAUUGUGGGAGCACGUAAAGCCAUCAAUAGAAUAUACACGACAAAGGCUCACUUGAAUUCUGUACAACUGCAAAUGAAGAAUCAGUUGGCCACAUUACGUGUUGCUGGUUCACUUUCAAAAUCCACGGAGGUCAUGCAAGCUAUGCAAAAUCUUGUACGCUACCCUGAAUUGGCUGGCAUUAUGCGUGACAUGUCCAAGGAAAUGAUGAAAGCUGGUAUCAUAGAGGAAAUGUUAGACGAAACUAUGGAUAGCUUGGAAGAUACUGAGGAGAUGGAGGAGGAGGCUGCCAAGGAAGUCGAUAAAGUCCUUUGGGAAAUAACCGAUGGCAAAUUGGGUGAAGCUCCCCUACCUCCGCAAGAAUUGGCUGCCGCUGAAAAAACAAAAACACCCGCCGUUGCUGUUGCAGCAGAUGAUGUCGAAGAUGACGACGACGAGGAAGAUUUGCAAGAAAUGCAAUCUCGUCUUGCCUCUCUACGGUCGUAAAAAAUAGAGGCUACUCUGAAUCGAAUAAUACGCUAAGUUCUAUGCACUUUGCCUUUCAAGUAGCUUUGAUGAAUGUCGAUAUUAAACCAUAUGUUUUUAUUUUGUUU